CUCACUUUCAGAUGGGAUUUGCUGCUAUAGAGAGCCCAAUAACAAUUCAGCUUGUAUGGACUUCGAUGUAAUUUUGAUCAUUUUGGUCUUUGCUGAUUGGCUUCAGUAGUUAAGGACUAUCAUUCCAGGAUUUUGUAAUGUAGAGGGAAGCUUUGAAAGCAUUACCCAGGUCAAAUAGUUUUGUGUAAUGUAAGAAAUAAUUUCAGUCUUUGGGGAAUAGAAGAAAAGAAAUUCCACAAUGGGUCAGCGCCUGAGCGAGGAGAGUGACCCAGACAAGGAAAUUGAUGUGGCAGAGCUUCAGGAAUGGUACAAAAAAUUUGUUGUGGAAUGUCCGAGUGGAACUCUCUUCAUGCACGAGUUCAAGAGCUUUUUUGGCGUCACUGAUAACAAAGAGGCUGCAGAUUACAUUGAAAACAUGUUUCGAGCCUUUGACAAGAACGGCGACAACACCAUUGAUUUCCUGGAGUAUGUGGCAGCCUUGAACUUAGUCCUGAGGGGUAAACUGGAACAUAAGCUCAAAUGGACAUUCAAAAUGUAUGAUAAAGAUGGAAGCGGAUGCAUUGAUAAAACAGAGCUUCUUGAAAUUGUGGAGUCCAUCUAUCGACUGAAGAAAGCCUGCCAUGGAGAGCUGGAUGAAGAAUGCAAUCUGCUGACCCCAGACCAAGUGGUUGACCGGAUAUUUGAGCUUGUUGAUGAAAAUGGAGAUGGGGAGCUCUCGCUGGAUGAGUUCAUUGAUGGAGCACGGAAGGACAAGUGGGUGAUGAAGAUGCUGCAGAUGGAUGUCAACCCUGGGGACUGGAUGAAUGAUCGGAGAAGCAGUGCUGACUUCUAAGGCUGGAACAUGGACUGUCAAUAUGUCACAUACACACAUCCUUCAUGUGUGAUUUUGUAUCUACUGCAGUUUAUAUGUAUAUAAAAGAAGAAAACACCACAGAGAUUCUGCCAUUGUACUGCUAUAUUUUGCUUGCAAAGUGGCUACCUGUUUAUUACUUUUAGUUCAGGUUUCACACUACAACAGUAGUUUUAAACUCAUUUAUAGAAAUCUAUGGACUAGGUCUGGUUAUACACCUGUAUUUUAUAGAAGCUGCAGACGUACAGUGCUUACUUAUAUUUUCUUUUUGUUUCAUAAAAUGGAUUAAAUAAACAUAUUUAAGCCCCUACAUAACCAUGGUUCAUCAUAGAGAGGUGCUUUCACUUAUUCAGGAUGAUUAUAGCUCUUAUCAGGGUUGUGUGGGGCUGUGUACAGACUGAGAUUGAUUGACAUUUCCGUCAGUUAUUGUUACACCUGUUAGGGUGGGACAAUGGACAGGUUGCACAGCAGACAUUUUGACUUGUCAAAGACAGAAAAACACACGUGGACCAACACGCACAGUAGCAGGAGCUCCCCUGCAGAAUGAACUGGAAUGCAGCUGUACGCCUGUCUUUCCUGCUAAGGCGUGCCAAAAUGUAUACUGUGCAACCAGUCUAUUAAUAACUUUAACAUUUUUAUUGGUGCACUCAGUUUGGUCACAUAGUCCCCUCACAGCUCAGCCCAACUUUAGCCCGAAUAGAGAUCUAAUGAAACAGGAUUUAAACAAAAACAUCUGGGAGCAUUUGUGGGAUCUUUAAAAACAAUAAACACAAUUUA